AGCGCUGCAGAGAAGCUGGCAGAUGACAUUUUGGCUAUGAACCAGGCCGCAGGGCUGGGUCUCUGGGAGUGUCUGUUUGCUCUGCAAAGCAGGUGGGCUCACCCCAAUCUCCAUGGGAUGGUGGAGGAACUCAUUCAGAAUGGUAAUGUACCCAUUGCACAGAAUGGGGGACACAUGAAGUGGGGGGCAUAGGCGGUGGGUAUAAUAGGCAGCUGGUACCGUGGUAUGCUGGGUUGCAGGUUUUUGCUUAUUAUUAUGCGCCAUGCAGACUCUGGGGCGGCUGCGGAGGCAGUAUCUGCUAUUCAGCUUCCUGGGUUCAUCAGUCAUCUCCUUGGACUCCAGGAAGAUGACUGAUGAACGUGUGAAGCUGAGUAGCAGCUACCGCCUCCGCAGCCGCCCCAGAAUCUGCAUGGUGCACAUAACAAGCUCAGCGUUCUUCCGCUGGGUGGCUGGGGGUCUCGGGACAGGAGGCACGCCGCAUUUCUCAUUCUCUGGCUGGCGCAGCUGGGGUGGUUGGGGAUGGCCCAGGCCAGCUCAGGGCUGUUCAGGCUGGCUCAGGGCUGUGGCGGCUGGCCAGCAUGACUUGGGCCAGCCCGGGCUGGCUUGGGGCGGCUGGGUUGGCCUGGGGCCAGGCCGGUGCUCGGGUCAGCCGGCCAGUGUGGCUUGGGUUACUCAGACUGGACCAUCUGGGGCCGUCCCGGGGCUAGGGUGGCUGAGGCCAGGCUGGGGCUGGGGUGGCUGGGUCCAGCCCGGGGUUGGGCCAGUCGGCCGGCAUGGCUGUGGCUGCUCGUGCUGGACCGGCUGGGGCUGGCCAGUGUCUCGGGUCAGACAUCCGGUGCGGCUGGGGCUGGCCUGGGGCUUGGGUCGGCUGGCUGGUGUGGCUGGGGCUGGAAUCAUAUGAUCAAGUGACCAGAGAGCUGGGGAAAAGCGAGUGUGACCAGAGCUGGCCAUAAGCAGAGAGAAAGAAGGAUCUUUACAGAAGAGGGAACCCCUUUUGGAUUGAUAAGGAGCCUGUAGAGAGAUUGCUGGGCAGAGAGCAGCUCCUACAGUGCAGUGAUGAGCAUGAAAAGAGAACAGCAAAUAAAUGGUCUGGAGACAGAGGACUGUGUCCUGAUCUCAGACAUGGCUUCAUGUCUGCACAAGGGUGGGAGCUGGUUUUACCAGCCAUGUGGAGAUGAGCCCAGGGUACCUGCGGUCUCUCUCUCAUAGUAGGGAAGAAACAAGAUUCAGUUGUAAUAAAUAUAAAAGGGACACUCGGUGUUGCAUUGCUGAUGUUAAAUAAAGAGGUAAAACUAAGAUCCCAGAACAGUGAAAUGUGAUGGUAUUAAGGCCAUAUUUGUAACAGUAACCCAUGUCGCACAACAGUGUAGUCUGCGCCUUCUCUCUCUCUCUCUCUCUCUUUCUAGGUCAAAAUUUGUUACAGGAAAAUCUCCUGAAUGAAAAUGGGCAUGCUCUUGAUGCCGAACUGAAAGCUUGUCAAGUAGAGCACAAAGCCAAACUCUGUGAUCUCACAGGGAUGAUGAAGGAAAACAAGAUGCCAGGGCGAUCUGAAGGGCAGAUUUUCCCCAUCUCUAACCGAUACGUGGAGCUCAAGGUCAUCUCAGACCGUCACUUCAAGAAGCAGACACACCAGGAGCACGAGGCCCUAGCAGCAGCUGGGGAGCUGAAUGAAUAUCGCCUCCAGAGAAGAAUAAAGAGUAAGCUGGAGCGCAUCACCCCUGACCGACUCUUCCGCUGGUGCUUUCGAACCCACCAUGUCCCCCUGUCUGUGAUGGUGAGCGGAGUAGCUGGCGUAGGCAAGACAACCCUGGUGCAGAAAUUCAUCUUUGACUGGGCAACGGGGAAGCACUACCAGAAAUUUGCCUUUGUUUUCUUCUUCAAGUUCCGGGACCUGAACACUAUUACUGAGAAGAGAAGCCUAGAGUCUCUGAUCUGUCAAACAUAUCCACACCUCCAGGACAAGCUCCCAAGAGUCCUGGAAGACCCUGAGAAGUUGCUCUUCAUCUUUGAUGGCUUGGAUGAGAGCAAGACUGAUUUGAAAUUAAGCAGAGGUGGAUCCCAGGAGCUGUGUAUGAACCCGGGGGAUGUGAAGCCAGUUACUGUGAUUGUCGCCAGCCUGCUGAAUCAGACUCUGCUGAAGGGAUGUUCUGUGCUGCUGACCAGCCGCCCCAGCAAGUUGACCAGUUUGGAGGCUGGAAUCUUCCAUAGGGUGGCCAGUAUCGUGGGCUUCCUCUCCAAGGAAAGGGAAAGAUACUUUUCCAUGUUCUUUGGAGAUGAGCGAGUCUCCAGAGAGGCCUUUGCAUAUGUGAGGGACAGUCAGGUUCUGUACACACUGUGCUACAACCCGUCUUACUGCUGGAUCACAUGCAUGGCCCUGAAACCCUGCUUCAUUGCCAGGGCAGGGAGACCACAGCCUGCACCCAAAACAGUGACCCAGCUCUUUGUCAGCUACGUCACCCAUAUUAUGGCCAAUCACACCCAGGAGCGGCCGGAGCCUCAGAGGAUGCGAGAUACUUUGGUAAAGGUUGGGUGGUUGGCUGAAUACGGCAUCACAAACCACAUUCUAGUCUUUGAUCUGAAGUAUUUACAGGAUUUCAAUGUGGAGUUUUCUCCCUUCCUCAGUGGCUUCUUGGUGGAGAACCCUCAAACUGAUGACUCUGCCCAGGUGACCUACUCCUUCCUUCACCUCACCAUCCAGGAGUUCUUUGCUGCCCUCGUGCAUUACCUCGAUUACAAGGAGGACAAGUUCAGAGACACAAUGGAUAAAGCCAGGUCCUGUAAGGAAGGUGAUUAUGAGAUCUUCUCUCGCUUCCUGGCUGGGCUCUCCCAUCCUGCAACCAAGAUGCCCCUGGAGAAAUAUGUGGGGAAGUUCUCUGCAGAGGCAACUCGCAAGGUUAUUGGGUGGCUCAGUGAGAUGAACUAUGAGGAGCUGCAAAGCCCAGAAGAGCCCAAGGGGAAGAGGAGGCUGAUGAAUGUAUUAAAUUUGUUUUUUGAAUCCCAGAACAGCCAACUUGUGCAUGAUGUUGUGGGUAAAGCUGCCCAUAUGGACUUCUCCGACUUAUACCUCAUGCCGGUGGAUUGCACGGUCCUUGCUUAUGUGUUGAGUUGCUGUGAAGAAAUACAGCGCCUAACCCUAGAUUCCUGCUUCAUCCAGAACGAGGGCCUGGAGCGACUCAGACCGGAGCUGCACAAAGUCAGAGAACUGAGUCUCCUGGAUAAUGAUCUGAAGGAUCCUACAAUGAAGGAUAUUUGCAAGGCCCUAAAGCACCAGAACUGUAGGCUAGAGGCUCUGAGCCUAGGGAAGAAUGCGUUCACUGAACAGUGCUGUGAAGAACUGGCAUCUGCCCUCGCGGGAAACCGGACCCUCCUGAGUCUUGACCUCAAGAAGAAUAAACUGCGGACAGGGGGCCUUUCUUACCUAUCAAGGGUGUUUGAGUCCCCAGAAUGCAAGAUUCAGAAAUUAGGCCUCCAGGAAACUGGUUUGUCAGAUGAAUCCUGCGGGGCACUCUGCUCUGCUCUCUCCCAAAACUCCACCCUCCUGCAUCUGAACCUGAGUGCGAAUAAUUUCACUGAUCGGUGCGCUGAAGACAUGCAUCUCCUUAUCCUGACGUGCCCCAGCCUCACCGAGAUCAGGCUAGGCUUGAGUGACUUCUCUCCAGAGGUGGAAAAGCAGCUGAAGAGCCUGCAGAGAGAAGGGCUGGACAUUCAUUUUUAAAGACCAGAGCUCUGCUGUUCCCUGCUGUGAAAGCAGCACUGGACGCUACUGAUGCACUGCCUGGUGCAGCGUCUACUGCCUGUGAUUCAUUGCGAGGGGUGAUAGCAGCUGGAGAGUAAAGCACACUGCAUAAGACAUAUAGGGCCACAUUGCAAAGAAACUCGGGCCAAUCUCCUAUGAUGGAUCUGCUGAGCUGGGGACUACAACUCCCAUCAGUCCCCUCUGCACAUCCCCUUCCUCCUGGCCAGGUAAGUAAGUGGCUGCAGGAAAAUGAAACAGCAGCUGCAUGGCAAGCAGGGAGUUGGAGAGAAGCUGAAUUCAGAGUGGAGUUCCCAGGAACCAUAUGUGCGGAACACAGCCAUGUGUGGAACCGGCUGUGACUGUCCGACAUGACAGCGGGUGCAGGUCUGUGUGGGACUUAUGGGGGAGCAGCAGCGGCUGGGCAGGAACCCAGCACGGAGGGGUUCCAAUGACAGACACCAACUGAGCCUGGCCUGGAAACCUACAAGUUCCUAUUUGCUUAGAAUAGAGACUGGACUGGACAGGGCACCCCAGCACAAGGCGGGAUGAGCCCUGACUCUUGAUUGGACUGCCCCAAGGGCCCAAACGUUUACUGCUAUCGUUUCCUUUGAACUGUAAUUGUUUAAGCCUCUGUACCUAGGGUAUUUACAACUUUCCUUUGCUGCUGGCAUUUCUAAAGCAUUUCUGUUCUUAGUAUGAAAAUUAUGGUUCCCUCUUUCUACUAACAACCCUAUUCAGCUGCGGAAGGACCCUCACUUCCUGGCUACAAAUCCAGCAUUUUAAAAGUCUCCCAGGCCUCUUGCCCUUCCUCCAGGGUCAAGGCAAGUUCUGAUUUGAGCAUCUAUUUUUCUUGGAUUUUAGGGGUAGAUUACAUGUUAGAUCGUGUUAGAGAGGAUAAUAAGGUGAUAAGUAACGGUCAACUUGGAUUUGUUAAGAAGAAAUCAUGUCAAAUCCGUCUACUAUCCUUCUUUGACACAGUAACAAGCCUUAUGGAUUGGGAGGGGAAGCUGCAGAUGUGAUAUAUCUCGACUUUAGUAAGGCUUUUGAGACUGUCUCACAUGACCUUUUCAUAAACAAAAUAGGGAAAUACAGCCUGCUGUAAGGUAGGUGCACAACUGGUUGGAAAACCGUACUCAGAGAGUACUUAUCAGUGGUUCACUGUCAAGCUGGAAGGGCAUAAUGAGUGGGGUCCUGCAGGGAUCUGUCUUGGAUAUGUUUCUAUUCACGAUCUUCAUAAAUGAUUUGGAUAAUGGCAUAGAGAGUAGACUUAUAAAGACCGUGGACAAUACUAAGCUGGGAGGGGUUGCAAGCGCUGUGGAGGACAGGAACACAGUUCAAAAUGAUCUUGUCAAACUGGAGAAGUGGUCUGAAAUAAAUAGGAUGAAAUUCAAUAAGGACAAAUGUAAAGUACUACCCUUAGGAAAGAGUAAUCAGUUGCACAAAUACAAAAUGGGAAAUGACUCCUGAGGCAGGAGUACUGUAGAAAAGGAUCUGGGAGUUAUAAUGGAUAACAAACUAAAUAGGAAUCAAUAAUACCGCAGAAAAGUGAAGGUCAUUCUGGGAUGUAUGAGCAGGAGUGCUGUAAGAAAGACACAAGAAGUAAUUAUUCCACUGUACUCAUCACUGAUAAGGCCUCAACUGGAGUAUUAUGUCCAGCUCUGGGCAUCACACUUCUGGAAAAAUGUGGACAAAUUGGAGAAAGUCCACAGGUGAGCAACAAAAAUUAUUAAAGGGCUAGAAAACAUGAUCUGUGAGGAAAGAUUGAAAAAACUGGAUUUGUUUAGUCUGGAGAAGAGAACACUGAGUGCGAGAUAUAACAUUCGUCAAGUAUGUUAUAAAGAGGAGGGUGAUAAAUUGUUCUUCUUAUCCACUGAGGCCAGGACAAGAAGUAAUGGGCUUAAAUUGCAACAAGGGAGGUUUAGAUUAGAUAUUAGGAAAAGCUGCCUAACUGUAAGGAUAGUUAAGCACUGGAACAAGUUACCUACGGAGGUUUUGGAAUCUCCAUCACUGGAGGUUUUUAAGAGCAGGUCAGACAAACAUCUGUCAGGGAUGGUCUAGAUCAGGGGUGGGCAAACUACAGCGCGCAGGCCGCUUCCAGCCCGUGAGAUGUUUUCACCUGGCCUUUGAGCUCCUGCCGGGAGUGGGGUCAGGGGCUUGCUGCGCUCCGCCCGGUGCGCCCGACUCAGUGAUGAGCAGUUUGACUUUGAGCAUCAUCUUCCGUGACGAUUGUUGUGGCACACAGAAGAGCCACAUUGCGCAGAUGCAGCUUCACCAUCCCUACGCAGCAUUGCGCCAGAUCCCCUCUCGGUCUCCUAUGGCCCCACCCUUGAGAGCCUUGAGUGGAGGGAAAGCGCACAGGGGCCGCAGCUGCACCCAUCCUAGCUUGGGUGCCUCCGCAUGUGGCAUUGCUGCCUUGGCGUCACACUGCCCGCAAGGCCCCUAGGAGUCCCUGGUACUGCCCCGUAGAGCCCCCCAUGUGCCACACCUCAUGAGUCCUCUCGCCAUACCUCAGUAACGUCCCUAACAUCCCUUACAAACUUUCAAUGAACACAACAGUGCAAACAGAACUCAAAAUUACAACAGUAAGAACAUUUUGUGUGGGAGGCUGGGGCAUAAAGUUACAGGUGUGUUUACACCUGCCUCUGCCUCUUCUUGUCCACAUGGGUUCUAGGAUAGAGUGCCAUGGCUCAAAAUUGUCAGGGGCACUGACGCCCGACAAAUCCAGGCUAGAGAGAGGGCCCAGUUUUUUCACAGUGCAUGCCUUCUUGUAAAACAGCAGUUUGAAAUAGGGGCAGCAGUUAGGAUUUUCUUUUCCCUUUCAAAAACGAGUGCUGCAAAAAGUAAAAAAAUAAAAGUGGACAGCGAGUGUUGGGUUUUCAACAAAGAAUGGAAUGCAAAAUAUUUUUUCACAAACAUGAACUUGAAGGCUGUAUGCCUGAUUUGUCAGGAGAGCAUUGUGGUGUUCAAGGAAUACAAUCUGAAUCGCCAUUUUUCAACAAAACAUCCUAAUUAUGGCAGCAAUUUAACAACCGGGGAAAGGGCAAGAAAAAUUGAGAAACUCGCCAUGAACUUAAAAACUCAGCAAAAUAUUUAUGGGUGACAAGCUGCAGUUCAGGAAGACACUACAAAGGCAAGUUAUGUUCUGGCAUUUAAAAUCGCUAACCAAAAUAAGCCUUUUGCUGAAGGGGAGUUUGGGAAAGAAUGCAUGGUUGAUGCUGCUGGCAUGCUGUGCCCAGAAUACUAAAACAAAUUUGAGAACAUUAGUUUGUCAUGAAGAACUAUUUCUCGCCAUGUAGAAGUGAUUGAUGAACAUUUGGCUUCUGAGUUGAGCAAGAAAGCACAGGGCUUUAUGUUGUUUUCAUUAGCUCUCGAUGACCGCUCUGCCAUUAAGGACACAGCACAGUUACUGAUAUUUUUCAGAGGAAUUGACGACAAAUUUGAAAUCACAGAGGAAUUUUUAUCAAUGGAAUCAAUGAAAGGCACAACUAAGGGAUCGGAUUUAUAUGAAAGGGUGUCUGGCUGCCUUGAACAUCUGAAGCUGCUCUGGAGUAAACUGGCAAACGUAACUACAGAUGGAUCACCAAAUUUAACUGGGAAAAAUGUAGGACCUUAAAAAAGAAUUCAGAAAAAAGUAAAAGAAGAUGACCCUGAUAAAGAGCCCGGCUAAGCAGCAGUUCUGCAGAAAAGGACCUGGGGAUUACAGUGGAUGAGAAGCUGGAUAUCAGUCAGCAGUGUGCCCUCAUUGCCAAGUAGGCUAACGGCAUAUUGGGCUGUAUUAGUAGGAGCAUUGCCAGCAGAUUGAGGGAAAUGAUUAUUCCCCUCUAUUCACACUGGUGAGGCCACACCUGGAGUAUUGUGUCCAGUUUUGGUCUCCUCACUACAGAACGUUUGUGGACAAAUUGGAGAGAGUCCAGUGGAGGGCAACAAAAAUUAUUAGGUGGUUGGGGCACAUGACUUAUGAAGAGAGGCUGAGGGAACUGGGGUUAUUUAGUCUACAGAAGAGAAGAGUGAGGUGGGAUUUGAUAGCAGCCUUCAACUACCUGAAGGGGGGUUCCAAAGAGGACGGUGCUUGGCUGUUCUCAGUGGUGGCAGAUGACAGAACAAGAAGCAGUGGUCUCAAGUUGCAGUGGGGAGGUCUAGGUUGGAUAUUAGGAAACACUAUUUCACUAAGAGGUGGUGAAGCACUGGAAUGGAUUACCUAGGGAGGUGGUGGAAUCUCCAUCCUUAGAGGUUUUUAAGGCCCGGCUUGACAAAGCCCUGGCUGGGAUGAUUUAGUUGGUGUUGGUCCUGCUUUGAGCAGGGGAUUGGACUAGAUGACCUCUUGAGGUCUCUUCCAACACUAAUCUUCUAUGAUAAGAACAUAAGAAAGGCCAUACUUAGUCAGACCAAAGGUCCAUCUAGCCCAGUAUCCUGUCUUCCAACAGCGGCCAAUGCCAGGUGCUGAAUUACAACAAAUCUCGCUACAGAUCCCAGAUAACUGACCAGCAUCUCAGCUCAGUAUUGCAGAUUUCCACAAGAAUGACACUGGACUUUGAUGCCAUUGUAAAGAAGGGUGACCAGCUGCAUUGUUCACAUUAAUCAAAGAGGGUGUGGGAAGGGGUUAAGUUUGGUUUAAUUAUUGUAAUACAUUAUUAUGAUGGUAUACUUAUAAUAGUAAGUAAGGUUUUAUGUUUAUUUCCACUAAAACGUAUCUUUAUUAAAUAGAGUUUAUUUGAA